GGAAUACACACACGAUAUAAAAAACAAACAACAAAACAAAAACGAUUUGCUUACCCAAAAUGUCCGCUUAGGUUGAACGAACCUAUGAUAAUUGGAACCAACCACUAUCUUCAAUGGCGGGAAAAAGAAUCCCUAGAAUCUCGUUAUAUACUAAUUAUUAACAUAAAUGCUAAGCUUAAACAUCACUAGUUUCCUAAAAGUUCCUCUAAAACCCAACAAUUCAAACCCUAAAUUCCUCUUAUUCAUUUCUGCAAUGUCUUCUUCUUCCACAAAAGUGACAGUGGAGUAUGCGAAAUCAGGUCGCUCAUCAUGCAAGAAAUGCGAUGAAAAGAUUGCCGCAAAAUCUGUUAGAUUGGGUUUAGUGACAAAACACCCUCAAGGCUUUGACCAGACAAAAUGGCAUCACAUUCAUUGUUUUCCUUUCAAUUCUAAUUUCGUUUCCUCUGUUGAAGAUAUCACUGGUUUCUCAUCACUCCAGAGCAAAGACAAAGAAGCUUUGGAGAAAUUGAUUGACAAAGAGAUUCUAACUUUGCAGAAGGUUUCUGACGCAGACACAAACAAGAUUGACAGAAAACAAAAGGAAAUUUGUGAACAGGAAGACUCAGAGCAGGAACUAAGCAAGCAAAAGCGACUAAAGCUGUCUGCCCCUGAAGAGGAACCUGUGUUGGAGAUAGCCUUCUCUACUUCUGAUGUGAGGGCCACUUAUAAGGAUGCUACAUUGUUACCAAAGUGGAGGGCAUUUCAGACAAUUAUAUAUCUUGAACAGGACGAGGGGCUUCAUGCUUCAAGUAAAAUUGCCGCCUUUGAUUUUGAUGGUUGUCUUGCGAACACAUCCGUGAAAAGAGUUGGUGCAAAUGCUUGGUCUCUGAUGCAUCCUUCAAUCCCGGAGAAGCUGCAGAGCUUGUACAAUGACGGCUAUAAGCUGGUAAUUUUUACUAAUGAAUCCAACAUUGAGCGCUGGAAGAAAAGUAGGCAGGCAGCUGUGGACUCGAAAAUUGGACGACUUGAACAAUUUAUCAAGGUUGCUGGUGUUCCAAUUCAGGUUUUCAUUGCUUGUGGCUUGAGUAAGAUCACGCCAGAGGAUCCCUUUCGCAAACCUAAGACCGGGAUGUGGAAUAUUAUGAAAAAGCAGUUCAAUUCUGGAGUUCCCAUAGACAUGGACGAGUCUUUCUAUGUUGGUGAUGCUGCUGGCAGACAAGGUGAUCAUAGUGAUGCUGAUAUCAAAUUUGCACAGGCCAUUGGACUAAGAUUUUAUGUUCCAGAGGAAUUCUUUGGGAAGGAAACUUGACAAUGUGCAUUUUGUUUUUGUAACAUCUACUAUGGUAGAAACUAUCUAAGCUGAAGUAGAAGAGAACAUGUGUACAAAUCUUUCCCUGCAAAGGGGUUGACAUCUGUGUAAAUAAUUCUUCGUUAGAUACCUUUUGAGUUUUGCGGGGGUUAAGAUUCUUCUUAUUUAAAUUA